UCAGUGAGCGUCUGGUCUGCAGCCGCCACUGACAGACACUACCAGUCAGGAUGAGGUGGACUGUGUUGACGCUGAUCUGCUGUUCCUGGACUGCACAUGGGCUGAUCAGGAUCCCCCUGCGUCAGAUGCUCUCUGUGCGUACCCAGCUGAGAGCCUCCAAUCGCCUGGAGGACUUCAUGAGGGACCACCAGCCUGAUGUGUUCAACCGGAGGUACGCCCAGUGUUACCCCCCUGGUAUCCCCUCUCUCAGGCUGGGUAAGAGCAGCGAGAGGCUCUACAACUUCAUGGAUGCCCAGUACUAUGGACUGAUCAGCCUGGGUACCCCGAAACAGAACUUCACCGUAGUGUUUGAUACGGGAUCGUCUGACCUGUGGGUCCCAUCCUCUUACUGCGUCUCAGAGGCCUGUGGCAUGCACCGCAAGUUCAAGGCCUUUGAGUCCAGCACGUUCACCCACGACGGCAGGAUGUUUGGUAUCCACUAUGGCAAGGGACACAUGCUGGGCAUCAUGGGCAGGGAAGUCCUCAAGAUUGGCCCGUUGACGGUGAAAAACCAGGAGUUCGGAGAGUCGGUGUACGAGCCAGGUUUUGUUUUUGUCAUGGCUAAGUUUGACGGGGUGCUGGGCUUGGGGUACCCCUCCCUGGCUGAGGAACUGGGGACGCCCGUUUUCGACAGCAUCAUGAACCAGAAGUCUGUGGACCAACCCAUCUUCUCCUUCUACCUCAGCAAGAGUAAGAUGCCGAGGGACCCAGGGGGAGAGUUGCUAAUAGGAGGGAUGGACGAGGCGCUCUACAGUGGACCCAUCAACUGGAACCCUGUUACCCUGAAGAGCUACUGGCAGAUCAAGAUGUCCAGUAUACAGGUCCAGGGAGCCUUGACUUUCUGUCCCCGCGGCUGUCAGGCCGUCAUUGAUACAGGCACGUCUCUCAUCAUCGGCCCCACCCGUGACAUCCUCGCUCUACAACAGCUGAUAGGAGCUACCCCCACCUCCAUUGGAGAGUACCUGAUUGACUGCGCCCGAAUCUCCAGCCUGCCCCAGGUGACCAUCACGCUCAACGGGGUGGAAUACGUGCUCACGGCUGAGUCCUACGUUAAAAGGGAGUUGAUGGGUGAUCAUGAGAUCUGUUUCAGUGGGUUCCAGGGGGAGGAUCUGCCCUCCUCGACGGAUCCUUUGUGGAUCCUAGGGGACGUGUUCCUCUCUGAUUACUAUAGCAUCUAUGACCGGGGACAGGACAGGGUGGGCUUCGCUAAGGCCAGACACACACGCUAUACAACGUUGGAUGCAGAGAUGGAUAGAUAGAUGGGAGGUGGGAAGGGUAAAUGGAGCGAUGGAAGUAGGGAGUGAUGGAUGGAUGGAUGAUAGAAGGAGAUAUGAAGUAAGGAAGGAAGGAAGGAAGGAAGGAAGGAAGGAAGGAAGGAAGGA